AUGCGUUUCAAUAACAACCUCCUCUUGAUCGCCUCCUUCCUCGGCGUCGCGACCGCCCUCCGCCGAGGCUGCCGUGUCGACAACAGCGGCGCGGCCGGGACCUCCGGCACCGGCUUUUACACCUUCACGGCUAACGAUCGCCUGGAUGCCGUCGCGGCCGACUUUUGCUCCAAUGAAGGCAAUCUGCGAAACUUGAACCCCGGUGUCUCAUUCUCAGCCGGAACCUUUAUCAGAGUUCCUUGCAAAGUCCGACAGCGCGAUUGCGCCAAGAUCCCGAACAGUUCGAAUGGGUACUACAAGAUCGUCAGUGGCGACCAGUUGAGAUUUAUUGCGGAUGAUUUCUGCACCAGUACCAGUGUAUUGCAGAGUAUGAACUCCGACGUUAUCAAGAACAUCAACGCAAUUUUCCCCGACGAUAUCCUCCAGGUUCCUUGCGCCUGGAACUAG